CGCAGAACUGCUAACUGAACACUGUUAUCAAGAAAAAAUAAUAACUCUUGAAAAGUGAAAAGUUUAAAACCCCACUAGAAAAAUAAAAGGAGCAGUAAAAUUCUGAUUCCAUUCAUCCAUGAAACCUGCCAAUUUCUUGUAACCUUCUCUCCUCCCCAGACAGAAUCCAUUCUUGUCUUGAGUUUGAGAGUUUCUACGGACGGAGAUCCUCUCUUCAGAUCAAAGAUUUAAGCUUUUUGGCUGGGAACAAUCAUGGUGAAACGCUUCGGAUACGCCAUCGCCUCGUGGUCCCGCAAAAAUGUUGUCGAUCCACUUCUCCAAAUUCUCCGCCGGGGAGCUGAGCCGAAUCAGCUAGCUUUCUCGGCUUCACUGGGCAUCACCUUAGGGCUGUUCCCAAUUUGUGGAGUUACGGUGUUUCUUUGCGGUAUAGCUAUUGCGUUACUUGGAUCUCUUUCCCAUGCUCCGACAGUGAUGCUGGCCAACUUCAUUGCUACUCCUAUUGAAUUGAGUCUGAUGAUUCCGUUUCUACGGUUUGGGGAAUUCAUUACUGGAGGGCCCCAUUUCCCUUUAACUUCUGAUGCUUUGAAGAAGGUCUUGACUGGACAAGCUUCAAAGGAAGUCUUGCAAAGCAUUCUCCAUGCGUUGUUGGGCUGGCUUGUUGCUGCACCAUUCAUAUUGGGAGGCCUCUAUUUAUUGUCUUUUCCAUGUUUCAAGAUCUUGGUUCAAAAAUUCAGUCCUGUCCCGGCAAGCCCCAAAAAGAACCUGAAUUCUAUUUCAAGCCCAAGAAAGUCACCCAAUUCCCCUUCUGAAGUCAGGCUAAAAGUGAGGGACGUAUAAUUAAGUAAUUAACCCUGUCGUGCAAUUUUAGUAUUUGCGAUGAAGAAAUCUGUAAAUAAAACCUCUCACUCAGAGGGUGCCAUGAAAUUCAUUGUUUGUAAAUGUGUAACCAAAUGUGAUAGUUGUAUCCUGACAAACAUUAUUGGGGAAGUGACAUUUCUUGAAGUUUACAGUGAUAGUUUACCCAUCUCAAUAUCCUCUAACUGCACUGCUUCUUUUAUUUGUGUUGCAAAUUGGUUUAGAGAAGAUCAAUGCUGCCUGCCCUUCUCUGUCUUACAGUUUGUUUGUACCUUUCUGAGUUUCAUGAAAUAUUUUGGAGGUUCUCUUGGAUAUUUUAGGAUGUUGAGGUAAAUUUGAAGGG